AUGAAAAAUAGUCAUUUAAAUACAUUUAAAGAAACUAGCUAAAGAAAGAGAUCAAGUAGUGGAGAAAGAAACUUGAUGAGGUAUUCAGCUGGAGGAGGUAGAGUAAGUAAAACAUCAAGUUUUACUCCACAAAUGAUCAAAUUAGAAUCAAUAGCAAGCGUUAAAAUGCCACUUUGCACAAGAGGUGAACUCCACAAACUUAGUUAGUUAGAAUUAGUUUGCUUAGAGUAAGGAUGCUCUGAUUAGUAUAAGUUAAUAUGUGCUUAUUGCAGAGAUACGAUGCAUAAAAAUCAUGAUGUUAGAUCUAUAAAAUAUAUGCUAAAUGAAUUAAUAAAAUAUUUAUAUGAUGAUGAAACAAAAAAUGUUAUGAAUGAUGAUAUCCAUAAGUAGUUUAAGCACAUGAUAGAUUGCAUCAAGGAAAUAAAAGAAUAAUUACUAAUUUUAGAAUAAAAAAUCAAGGAUAGCGAAAUUAAGUUUUAGAGGGAUUAUAUUGAUCCCAUAAAUAGAGAGAGAUCUAUAGUUGAAAGUUUAAUAAAGCAAAUUUCUAAAGGUUCAAAUAAUUAAACAAGUGUUAAUGAGUGCUUACAUAACUUGUUUAAGUAUGUAAAACCCACAAAAGAUUCUUUUAUGAUUGAAAAGGAGUCUCAAAAUUUUAAUAUUUAAUCCAUAGAAAAACAAACUAUGUUAUUUCAAGGACGACUUAUGAAAGAAAUAGAAUAGUUGAGCCAAACAAUUAAAAAAACUAGUUAGGCUACAAAUUAUAAUAUAAUGACUUUUUACUCUGAAGAACAUGAAUAUUUAUUAGAAGAUAAGGCUGACACAAUUAUAUUAUCAAGAGAGUCAGACAUACUCCAUUUAGAGCCAAUAACAACAAAGGUUUUGAUUAAAGAUUACGUAUCUGAUGUCUUUGUGUUUGAAUUACAAAAAUAUAAAUAACUCAUCUCAUUUAGUAUAGCAGAUAUAUAAAAGUAAUUUUAAAACUCAGAUACAAUACAUAGAAUAUCAUAAAUUAUAGAUAGACUACCUCAAUCUAUUGAAAAACUAUCAAUCUCAUUAGCAUGGGAUAAAGACUUGCUUGAUGAAGAUAUUUUAGUCCUCUUUUAGAAUAUAAACCACUCAAAAUUUCCCUAUUUGAAAAUUUUAGAUUUAGAUUUUGGAAAUUCUUCUUUAGCUAUUUCUGUUUUAACAGAUAAGUCAAUGAUAUUUUUAGCUAAUUCAAUCUCUUCGUUUUAGGAUUCUCUUUGGGUUUUGAAUUUGAAUCUUUAUUGUUGGGGAUUAUCAAAUAUUGCUUUGACAGAUAAAGGAGUCAAAACAUUAGUAGAAGGAAUAGGUCAACUAGCAAACUUAGCCAAACUCUAUUUAAAUCUAUUUGGAUGGGGUGAAUAAAAACCUGAAUAAAUAUCAGAUAGAGCAGUAAAAGAACUUGCUUAAAAUAUUAGAGAAUUACAUAAUGCUUAAUGUAUAGAAUUAGAUCUCGGUUGUUGGGGUGAAAAAAAUCCAUCUGUGACUUCAAAGUCAUUAAAAUAUCUAAGUGAUAUGAUAGAUUCUCUUUACUUUGUAAAAGAUUUAAGUCUGAAUUUAAAUUAUUGGGCAAAUAAAAAUACAAAAAUGUUAGAUACAGAUAUAAGACAGUUCUUUAAAAGCAUGAUGAAUUGGAAGCAUUUGUAGAAACUCUAUUUAAAUAUUUAGGAUUGGGAAGAGAUCUCGAUGGUUUUAAAACAUGAGCUUUCAUAAGCUGUUAAAGUUAACUUAAAUAAUCCUAAUAUAAAAAUAUUAAUAGAUAAUCAAUGA